AUGCCUUGCAUUCGGGAUUGGACCGUGACUUUUCAAUCCAUGAUGCUGUCGGUUAUCGACUUGGCGAGAGAGCCUAUCUCACUCAGCUAUGGAUCCGUUGACAUCAUCAAGGGGUAUACCAAAGCCACUGUGAUUGCACUUGUGGUUCUCACAUGCUCGGAGUUGGACAUAGACUGUGUGUCCGUGGACCAGUCAAUGACGCAGCGGGCUUUCACCAAUUUGCAGCUUUCAUAUAGGGGAUCGGAGCGACAGCCACCAUCAGUUUUGUCAUUAGCGCUGACCUUUUCAGCGGCUAUGCAAGAACAUGAUUUGAGUGGUCGUCACAGCGCGAAGAUGACUACGGACGAGAGGUUGAAAUCUGUGAUAGACGAGUACCACUGCCUACCAGGGUUACUCACUCGCUAUCGCAUUGACGAUGACAAGCGCAAAGCAGUGCUGAACCUUUUGCAAGGCACAUCCAAAGAAAGCCGUGCCCUCAUCCAGGGCCACCUGGAUUUCCACCGUUGGAAAGAAUGCGCCUUUACAGCUGACCUUUUGAAGAGCAGUAGAUGGUUACUCGGAGCAGUGCCACGGAACGCCAAGGAUACGAUGAAGAGAUUGUUGGUUGUCACACCAACGGUGCAACAAGCAUUUCUCAAGAAUGUUAUCUGGACCUUUGCUGCAGGAUCAAAGAAGGUCAAGGCAUCUUCACGCGGCAAGCUACGAUUGACCCAAUCGGAUUGGGACCAGCUCGUUGACUACACAUGCAUCAUGAUGGCUUUGGAGAGUGAUGCGAAGGAUGUUUUGGGAGACGAGCCGGAGAAGCGCUUGGAAGUUGUGAACAGCAUCGAACAAGCCUUCUAUGCAAGGGACUAUCAGCAGGAGAUCCAGUCGUGCUUGGAAGUGGCCCUCCCAAACUGGAGCAUUCGCCAUUUAACCAUUUGGACUGAAGUGGUCCAGCCAACGACUCUGCAGGCUGUUACAACCAUUGAUGUUGAAGAGGUAGAGGAGGUCACAGCAGAAGCGCAGUUCCAAGACUUCCGCAGCAAAAUUGCGUCCGAUGAACUGGAAUGGGUGAAGUACACAAACCAGCAGCAGAAAGUGACCGCGCGUAAGCAUAUCAUGGAAGUGCAGCACACCAGAGCUCAGCUUGCCACGGGAAGAGGGCUGGUGGAGAAGUUCAUGGGCAAGCAUUGCAGUGUCAAUCUUCUCCCUGAUGUCUCUGCGCUGCCAAAUGUUGAUGCCUGGCUCAAGCAGGCUGCGUCAGAAUCCAAGGUGAAGAGUGAGCAGCUGCAAGUUCUCGUCGUGAUCGACUUCACGAAGUUGGGGACUUUGACUACUGUCAAUUUGAACCGGCAUUGCGCUCUCCUGGCAAAAGUCCUGGCCCGCAACCAGCAAGGAUCAGCUGGUUUGGUGAUUGCACCUCUUCUUGCCGGCGCUGCAAGUGGUGGCAACCUACGCAAAGAUGCGAGGUUGAUCGAAGACAAGGCCAACCAGCUGGGGAUUGCCAUGAGAUCGAUCUCCAUUUCUGUGGAUGCCACUGAUCUUCACAAAAAUUCAGAGCGACCUUCUUAUUUUCAAGCUUGGAUUGCAGUGCCUGAUGCAUGCCUUCCUGCAAAGGGAGUUGGCUACAGGAGGUCGCGUCACGAUGAUGUGGACACCAAGGGGCUCACUGUGAGCACCUUUGCUAGCACCUCCCUCUGGAAACUGCAAGGUUUUGCAGUUGGAGGCUUUCCCAAGGCAAUUCCUGAAUCAGAGUUUGCCGUUCCUAGCGAGAGAUCCCAUCUCCAAAGCGCAGACGCGCGGAGGAACCUGACGGAUGCACAGGAAACUGCACAAUGGCUGAGUGGCCACAGCAUUUGGGAGUCUGUCCUUGAAUCCCUUGGCCAGACUGCGGGCCGAAGCGCCAUCAUCCACACGACUGCGUAUUGCGGCAGCUUGGAGCAGGUUGCUUUGAAGCAGGGCAUUCCCAUUCUUUCAGUGUCAGAGGAUUGGCAGAACGGCCGGGGAGUCAUGGCUAAACAGCUGCCGAAGUAUAAGCCUCAUAUUUCAGAGGAACAGGUUGCUGUGGAGGAGCCUUCCCUCUACUUAUGUCAGAUUCUGGAUGGCCGUCUCGUGAUCCCAAACGACAUGAGGGAAAGGUACAUUUCCUGCCCAAUCAGGUCACCAGAGUGGAGGUCCUUACUGGUGUCCUUCGACAAGAGAUGGGCACCUCAUGUCAGUCGUCAAGAGGGUGGUGCAACAAGAACAUCUUCUCAUUCUACUGGUGGUGGUGACAUUGCCAGCGGUGCCAGCAGUGGUGAUUUCUCAUGGACCACGAUUUUUGAGGAUGAACCGACUUGUCAGGCAGACUUCGAGAGCCGCUAUGGGGCAGGGUCGCACAAGUUUUCCCUGGACAACCACAGCACCUUCGUUAUUGUUGAGGGACCGAAGCUCUUUGUUCUGGCGACUGAUGAUUGUGAGCUUGAAGAUUCUGUCCCCAUCAUUUGCUUUGGGGCUGGUGCGUGGCUGCUAGAUUCCAAGGCUACGUCUUUCCGAGAGGACCCGUCAAACAAAAAAGACAUCAAACUUUCUAGGAAUGAAACCCGUGCCAAGCUUUUGUGA